AUGGAUGAGUUCAUAAAUGAUGCUUAUGAAAAUGCAAAGAUCUACAAAGAACAGACGAAGAAGUGGCAUGACAAGCAGAUUCUCAGGCGUGAGUUCGCACGAGGACAACAGGAUUUACUCUUCAAUUCAAGACUCAAACUCUUCCCUGGCCAGUUAAAAUCAAGAUGGACAGGUCUUUAUACAGUUGACAAAGUUUCCUCUUUUGGAGCAAUAGACUUGAAGAACAAGACAGAAAAUAUAUUCAGAGUUAACGGUAAGAGAUUGAAGCACUAUUAUGGAGAACAAGUGGAGAGGAAUUGUGCAUUCAUUCCUCUUGGAGAUCCUAAUUAA